AUGCCUUUCGUCAAUCAAGAAAUUGUUCUACAGAUUGAAUUUGAAAAACCAACUUCCCAGUCGUAUCAGGUGGGCAAUUUUUGUCAAGGAAGGCUGAAUCAUCAAGAGACAGAGGGAGGCACUUGA